CCGCCCAGCUGAGGCGACAGGACGCGCCGACCGCCGUCCCAGGCCCGACCGACCAGUGCCGCGCGACCUCACCAAUCCGCGACACGUGCUGACGUGCGGGUGACGUGUGGGUGGUGUUUGUGACGCGCUGGUGACGUUUGUGGAGCGGUGAUGACGUUUGUGGCGCUGGUGACGCUGGUAAAGUGGUGAAGGACGCGGAUGAAGGUCGGACUGUGUGUUCGUGGAACUGCAGGGACAGAAUGAUAAGGAGAAAGGAUGCCGCUCAGAACCUGGGAAGGUUGAGAAGACAUCUCACGACGCGAGGUCCCGACGUGUUCUGUCCGAAUUAGCUCAGCCGAGCGUUCUGCGCGCUCCCCCACGGGAGACAGAAGACGACAGCUGUGAUCGUGGGCAUGGACCUACCGCAAUGGAGGUAGAAGCGGUUCGCGGAAAGAACGCCUCCCUCGAGUCCGUCCUGAGGCAAAUGCGCGAUGUGGCGGAGCGGAAAAAGGAGCUGGAGCGUCAGCAGCGGGAGGUGCAGGACCGGCUGAAGGACAGGGAGGCGGCCCUGCUGCAGUCCUCGGCUGGCGACCGACAGGCCAGCGCAGACGCCGUCCAGGCGCUAAAGAGCACGCUCCGGGAACUGGAGAAGAAGGCAGAAGUGCAGUCGCUGCGCCAUGAAGAGCUCGUACUGGAAAUGGCCGCCAUCAAGAAACAGAGCAAGACGAAGAACUGGAUAGACGCCAGCCCCGAGGGCACCGUCACACCAGACUCGUUCCUGCUGUUCAACGGCAGCACGGCACGAUCCAGCCCGCUGGGAACGGCCGUCACCCCCGCCAGUCUGGAGGGACUCAACGACCCCCCGCCGGCCGCCGAGUGGACCGGCCGGCCGAGCGACAUUCAGCUACCAGCGCCGCCCUCCAGCCGCUCGCCGGCCUGCUCCGUCGCGUCCACCAUCGACCUCGACGGCAUCAUGGCCAAAAUCGAAAACGACAACAAGAUACUGGCCGAGCUCGACAAAAACCGCUCCAACAUCGGCCUGAGCACCAGUUCUUCAAUAGCUGCCACCAGCAAGUUUAACUCCACGAUUCCGACGACUUUCUCGACCUCGCGGGGGGUGUCUAUCGGCGGAGCCAGGCCGGUGAACCGUGUGGGAACGACUCUGGGUCAAGUGACGGGUCAGCUGACAGCCAGCCACCCCUCCGUCAUCCCCAGUCAGCCGGGGCUGGUCAGCCAGCCCGGGGUGCACAACCACUCUGGGCUCCACCAGUCAGGCGCUCUCAGUCAGGCCGGCCUGGCCGCCCCGACAGUGCUGUCUGGGCAGCCGGGAGUGCUCCCCGCCGCGCCGGCGGUCCCCGCGCCGCAGUCCGUGCUGCUGAACAGUGUCGGAGUGCCGGGUCACGGCGGAGUGACGGCCGCCGGCGGAUCGCUGCUGGGCGGCCACUCGGCGCUGCCGGCCCUCCCCGCCGCCAGCCAGCCCCCGCUGCUCAGCCAGCCGGCGCUGCUGCGGACACACAUCAGCGAGCAGCCGAGUCUGUUGACGGCGCACAUCAGCCGGCCGCUGACGUCCGCCGCGCCAGCGACCGGCGCCCUGUUCCAGGGGCGGCCCGGAGCCGGACUGUCAGCGCUCCACCCGACAGGUCGACUGGACGGCGUAAACGGCGCACCGGCCGCCACUCUGCUGGGCACAAACGCGGCGCACCUGGCCGCCAGCGCGGCGGCCGUGGCGCAGCACCCAGCCGCGCUGCCGACGUCCAUCAUCGAUGUGCUGGAGGUGCCGGGCAAGGGCAAAUGUCAGGUGCACGUGGCCAGGUUCUCCUACGACCCGUUCCAGCACUCGCCGAACGAGGCGCCCGAGCUGGAGCUGCGCCUCAAGGCCGGCGACGCCGUGCUCGUCUGGGGCAGUAUGGACGAGGACGGCUUCCUGGACGGCGAGACGCUGGACGGCCGGCGCGGCCUGGUGCCCUCUAACUACGUCACCAAGCUGGUGGGCGCCGACCUGCUGGCCUUCCACCGCCGGCUCACAGAGCAGCUGGCCGGCAGGACGGCCGCCGACGCGGCCAGCAGCGCCAAACGCGCCGCCGCCGCGCUCAGGAGGGCCGAGGAGCGCGGCGGCGAGGAGGCGGCACUACGACACCGGCUGGAUGACUCGCGGGUCGGAGGGCAGCCGCACGUCGGCUUCGACCUUGACCCGGGCGUGCUGAGUGACGAGGCGGAGCGCGACUUCCGCGUGGACCCGACACUGCCGGCCGUGCCGGCGCCCCGUCAGCUGACGCUGGAGCGGCAGCUGCACAAGUCCGUGCUGCUCGGAUGGACCCCGGCUGACUCCGGAUCGGGAGAGGUCAUCGAAUGCUACCACGUGUUCGUGGACGGCCUGCUGCGGUGCACGGUCAGCGCCGGCGAACAGUGCCGCGCCCUCCUCGAGGGCGUCGACCUGACCCGGCGGCACCGUCUGACGGUGCGCUCCGUGACGCCGGACGGCCGCACCUCGGCGGCAGCUGCCUGCACGCUGGUCAUCGGCCGUGACGUGGCGCCGGCGCCGACGGCCGUGCGCGCCACGCACGUCACGGCCACGUCGGCCAUCAUCGGCUGGCUGCCGAGCAACAGCAACUGCCACCACACGGUGUGCGUGAACCGGGUGGAGGUGCGCACCGUGGCGCCGGGCGUGCACCGGCACACCAUCACAGGUCUGUCACCGAACACGGUGUACCGUGUGACGGUGAAGGUGAAGAACAUGGUGCCUCACCACCUGAGUAACGGCGACAUCAACUACAGACAGCGACUGGAGACGCACAUCGAGUUUAGGACGCUGGCCAAAGGUGUUCCGGAGCCUCCGGUCGGAGUCCAGGUCGAGAUGGGCCCCCAGGAGGGCUGCAUCCUGGUCACCUGGCUGCCAGUGACCAUCAGUACCAGCUCGGGCACCAGUAACGGCCUGCCAGUCACCGGGUAUGCCGUGUACGCCGACGGACAAAAGGUCACCGAGCUCAACUCGCCCACAGGUGAUCACGCCGUCGUUGAUCUGAAGAUCAUUCGAGGCUUCCAGCCGCGUCAGGUGACGGUGCGCACCAAGUCACGUGACCUGGUGUCAGCUGACUCGGUGCCGUGCCUCAUCCCGCAUGCAGCCAACGGAAGGGUGCCCGGUGCCGGUACCCUGAGGAGUCGCUCCCUGGACCGGGACAUCAUACCGCCCCUGGCUCAGUCGUCCAGCCAGCGUCAGCAAAGGGUGCUGGAUACUGAGAACGACUUCAGCGACAGGGAGGCAGAGCUCGACAAGUUCGCCUCCUACAAAGGUUACGGUGACGACCUCAGCAGCCGGCACCACACGUUCAACGGGCCGGGCGGGAGGGACCACCAUUACGACAUCCACGCUCCGUGGAGUGACGAGCGGCGCCCGGCGGUUGUGGCGCGAACCCCGGCGGGACCGGCCUCCCACCAGCGCGGCCCGACCCACCACCGGGCCGAGCCCUGCCCGGAGACCGGCUACGGCCGCGACGGGCGACUGCGGUCCAACGGCACUGCAGCUGUGAGCCACGACACGCCCACCGCUAUCGCUGUAGGUCUCCAGCGGAGCGGCGGCGGCGCGGAGCGACACACCGCCCCCCGGGACCAGCGGAUGCGGGUGUUCGUGGCGCUGUUCGACUACGACCCGGUCAACAUGUCGCCCAACGUGGACAGCCACCACGACGAGCUGGCCUUCCGAGAGGGCCAGCUCAUCAAGGUGUACGGUGACAAGGACGCUGACGGCUUCUACUGGGGCGAGGCGUCCGGCCGGGCCGGCUACGUGCCCUGUAACAUGGUGACCGAGGUGCAGCUGGGUGAGGAGAGGACCGCCGCCGCGUCCCACGGACACCACCCGACCAGGGACGAGGACGCGUACGGAUAUCGCCAGUCAGGAUCUCGUCCUCCCCGGGUCCCUCCGAGGCAAUGGGACGACCGAAGGGAGCAAGGAAGAAACUGGGACGAUAGGAGGGACCAGGGAAGAAACUGGGACGAUAGGAGAGAACAGGGAAGAAAUUGGGACGAUCGCAGAGAACAGGGAAGAAACUGGGAUGACCGAAGGGACCAAGGACGGAACUGGGACGACCGGAGAGACCAGAGCAGGAGCUGGGAUGACCGGAGGGAGGGUGGCCGCCACUACGACGACAGAAGGGAGGCGGGUCGGCACUGGGACGACCGCCGGGAGUCGGCCCAUCCCCGCCACUGGGACGAGGGCAGAGGGGGCGGCGAGGCGCGCCACUGGGACGGCCCGCCGUCGGGCGCCGCGGCGGGCCGUCAGCGCAGGUCGUGGGACGACGGAGCGACUCCGUCCGGACCCGUGCGCCGCAUGGUGGCGCUCUACGACUACGACCCGCGCCACCUGUCGCCCAAUGUGGACGCAGAGAUGGAGCUGUCGUUUUGCACGGGGGACAUCAUCCAGGUGUACGGCGACAUGGACGACGACGGCUUCUACAUCGGCGAGAUCGGAGGCGUGCGGGGACUGGUGCCCUCCAAUUUCCUCACCGACGCCCCGCCACAGGGUCAGGGUCAGGAUCGUCGGGCGGUCUCGGGCGGGGCCUCGCCGGGUCCCGGCCAGCUGGGUCCGCCCCUGCCGCCCAGGCACAGAGGCGACUCCAGGGACCGCCGGAAAGAUGACGGCAGCUCCGGAGCCAGAGGUCAGGACGCCGACAGUCGCCAGCCACGCCGCUGGUAGUUGACAGGCUCAAUGUCCGUUCAACCCUCGCCGUUCUAAGCGACAAGGACUUGUGCGACUACCGUGCUGACGCCGGAGAACGAGCGGCGCACACCGCAGCAGCCCGUGCUGGGUGGGCGUUACUUCAGCGCCAGCUCAGCCGGGCUCUGCGGGACCGGAGGGGGACGAGCGAGGAUGACGGUGGUCGGGUGCCGGUCAGUGGUGCUGGGAUGGGGGCCAGCAGUGGUGAUCACCAGACCCAGCACCAGGGGCAACACUGGUGAUACCAGCAGUGGCAGGGUGAGGUUCCGCACUGACGGGAACGAAUCAGGCGCCGUCACAACGGUCAUCGGAUAGGGUGCUAAGGACUGGCGUAGCAAGUAACCAUCGAAUCCAGAAAUGAGUGAAAGUGGUUAGAAGACGCUUGAAUGAAACGAUGAUGUGACGUUGAAGAGUCUGUAUAUUACAGCGCAGUGCGUGGACGAGUGGAGCUGAAUGCAUUAUAGCGGGUACGGCCACUUUCGAUAUUGUGCAUAUUGUUGUCAUUUAUUGCCUUCUCUUUAAUGUUGUCAUCUCAUCGCCAUUUUGUCAUUGAGUGCACGGUUCUGUGGCUGGUACGCCAUAGCGCGACGUUCGACCGUUUCCCGUUACCGGCCGUUAUAGCCGACACUUCUGACCGCUCAGCAGCUCCCCUGUGAUCAGCUGUCAGCAGUCAGCGCAGCUCAGCUGUCAGCGCAGCUCAGCACUCAGCAUCCUCAGCUGUGGAGCUCAGACGCUGCGCCCGGACCGCGCUAUUUCCCCGUCAGGGACAAUCGCUCACUCUCAGAGGUGGUCCCUCGCCGGCACUGGGUCCCGAUCGGGACACAGUGUCCGCUCCGGCCGCCGCCGCUGGGACAGUACAGGGUACAUCUGGGUGUCACUCGCCUCUCGUGUGGCCGGGGAGCUCUCACAGCCCCGGCGCGGGCCAUCUUUUCUCUCUCUGGACGCUCGCUCCGACAGAGCGCUCCUGCGGCGGUCAGCGCGCGCUCCGUUUGCCGGUACCGUUCGUGCCAAGCGCCUCUCCCAGCCAGGGGUGCUCUGCGUUCACCGAGGGUGGUUUUGUGAUAAUGGCUGGUGAUGAGCCGGUGCCGCCGCGGCCCUCCGGCCGCCUGCAGCUCCCUGGUGCUCAGUCAGUUUGUUUCUCGACGUGUCAGUCAUUUGGGCAGCGUGCGUGGUUGAAUGCCCGUCGAUAUUGUUACUCCUUUAUUUGUGUGUAAUGCGUCAAAAAAUAUAAUACAAUGGU